AUGCACAAUUUAGACGAGUAAAUUUUUAAAUCCCAUAAAUUAAAUAGAUUAUGUGUUGUGAUCCACUGCUUUUUGGCAAAUUGUGGAUUUAUAUUUGUUGUGUUCUGUAUUGGUUCUGGAAAUAUGUUUAAAUAUUUUGUUAUAAAUAAUAUACUUUGA